CAGGAACCGGCUCGGGCGAAUCGCUUUUAACGAAACCCACUCGUUUCGACCUGUUUUGCCCAUCUGCGUUAUAUUUUCGAAGCAGAUGUGAUUUAGGUUCAUUCUUAUAUAUUUAUUUUCUCCUGAAGUGACAAAAAACACGGAUCCAUCCUAAAGUUCUCCUGACCUGCGACUAUGGCGACGUACCAGGAGUUUAUCCAACAGAAUGAAGACCGCGACGGGGUUCGCUUCAGCUGGAAUCUCUGGCCCUCGAGUCGACUUGAAGCCACGCGAAUGGUGGUACCGGUAUCCUGUCUGUUCACCCCGCUGAAAGAACGACCCGACUUACCUCCAGUCCAAUAUGAGCCUCUUCUCUGUACCCGAGCCAACUGUAAAGCCGUCCUCAACCCAUUAUGUCAAGUGGAUUUCCGAGCUAAAAUAUGGGCAUGCAACUUCUGCUUCCAGAGAAACCCAUUUCCUCCAUCAUAUUCGGGCAUCUCAGAAGUGAACCAGCCAGCAGAACUCAUGCCGCAGUUUUCCACUAUCGAGUACAUAGUGCAGCGUGGUCCCCCGACGCCCCUCAUCUUCCUGUACGUGGUGGACACGUGUCUGGAGGAGGAGGACCUGCAGGCCCUGCGCGAGUCCCUGCAGAUGUCGCUCAGCCUCCUGCCGCCCAACGCCAUGGUCGGACUCAUCACCUUCGGCCGCAUGAUCCAGGUCCACGAGCUGAACUGCGAAGGUAUCGCCAAGAGCUACGUCUUCCGCGGCAACAAGGACCUCGCUCCCAAACAGAUCCAGGAGAUGUUGGGUUUGAUGAAGCCGGGCACCCCUGCACCUCAGGGUCGACCUGCGGCCCCUCAAGAAGCCACAGCCUCGUGCAGGUUCCUGCAGCCUGUGCAGAAAGUGGACAUGAACCUAACAGACCUCAUGGGUGAACUACAGAGAGACCCAUGGCCUGUUGCCCAAGGCAAGAGACCCCUCCGCUCCACAGGCAUCGCCCUGUCCAUCGCUGUGGGACUGCUGGAGGGUACCUUCCCUAACACAGGAGCACGGAUCAUGCUCUUCACAGGUGGUCCUCCUACUCAGGGCCCUGGCAUGGUGGUGGGAGAUGAACUGAAGACCCCCAUUCGCUCCUGGCACGACAUCCAGAAAGACAACGCGCGUCAUCUGAAGAAGGCCACCAAGUACUACGAGGCCUUGGCAAACCGGGCUGCCACGAGCGGACACUGCGUCGAUAUCUACGCCUGCGCUCUGGACCAGACGGGACUGUUGGAGAUGAAGUGCCUGUCCAAUCUCACAGGGGGUCACAUUGUCAUGGGAGAUUCCUUCAACACCUCCCUCUUCAAGCAGACCUUCCAGAGGGUCUUUAGCAAAGACUACAACGGAGAGUUUCGCAUGGCUUUUGGAGGCACUCUGGAAGUAAAGACCUCGAGAGAAUUGAAGGUAGCAGGUGCAAUUGGACCAUGCGUGUCUCUCAACUCAAAGGGACCUUGUGUCUCAGAGAAUGAAAUGGGAACUGGAGGCACAUGCCAGUGGAAACUGUGUAAUCUGGACCCAUCCACUACACUGGGAAUGUACUUUGAGGUUGUGAACCAGCACAACGCUCCCAUUCCCCAGGGAGGCCGAGGAGUCGUCCAGUUUGUCACCCAGUACCAGCACUCCAGCACACAGAGACGUAUCCGUGUCACCACCGUCGCCAGGAACUGGGCAGAUGCGCAAUCUCAGAUCCAGCACAUCGAGUCGUCCUUCGACCAGGAAGCCUCCGCGGUCCUCAUGGCCAGGCUGGGCGUGUUCAGGGCGGAGUCGGAGGAGGGGCCGGAUGUUCUACGUUGGCUUGACAGACAGCUCAUUCGCUUGUGUCAGAAGUUUGGACAGUUCAAUAAAGAUGACCCCAACUCAUUCAGACUGUCGGAGUCCCUGUCUCUCUACCCGCAGUUUAUGUUCCACCUGAGGAGGUCUCCGUUCCUGCAGGUGUUUAACAACAGCCCGGACGAGUCUUCCUACUACAGACACCACUUUAUGAGACAGGACCUGACUCAGUCUCUCAUUAUGAUUCAACCCAUUCUCUACUCCUACUCUUUCCACGGCCCCCCAGAGCCAGUGCUUCUGGACAGCAGCAGUAUUCUUCCAGAUCGCAUUCUGUUGAUGGACACCUUCUUCCAGCUUGUCAUCUAUCAUGGAGAGACUAUUGCUCAGUGGAGGAAGGCUGGCUACCAGAACAUGCCCGAGUACGAGAACUUCAAACAGCUCCUCCAGGCUCCGCUGGAUGAUGCCCAGGAGAUCCUGCAGAUGCGUUUCCCAAUGCCCCGAUACAUCGACACAGAACACGGAGGCUCGCAAGCCCGGUUCCUGCUCUCUAAGGUCAACCCAUCUCAGACGCACAACAACCUCUACGCCUGGGGACAGGAGACUGGAGCUCCUAUCCUCACAGAUGAUGUCAGCCUUCAAGUCUUCAUGGACCAUCUAAAGAAGUUGGCUGUGUCUAGCUCAGCCUAAAGCCCCCAGCCUUAGAAAAGAAAGAAGAAAGAAAGAAAAAUAGAAAGAAUGAAGAAAUUUCCUACUUUUACAGAACCAUAUCCACAUUUCCUUCCAUAACCAUGGUUGUCAUGUUUCAAAAAGGGGUAUCCAUAUUUUUGCUCAUAAAACCUCUGUUAUAAAGCCAUGUCAUACCUCAAAGAGUUGUAUUUUAGAUCAUUUUUACUUUCCCUUUUUAAUUAUGUUAAUUAACAUGUUUGUGUUGCGUUGUUCUGUUGUUGUUUUGUGUGUACGUUUUAUUUUAUUUGGAGCUCAGUGGUCAGGUCUGUUUAGUCAGGUUGAAAACAUCAUAUUAUGUUUUGUUUUGUUUGUUUUUUUUUUUCCUCCCCUGCCUUUGUGUUAUUUUGAAAGAGAAUAUUUAAUGUUCUGACGGAUGAAAGUCUUCAGUUCUUAUGUAGCUUUGUAAUUAUUUUCCAAAAGUGUAUUAAGACUUGCAUUUCAAUGAAGAACAUUUUAGUUAAAUGUGAAGUUAUUGUUUAAGAUGCUGCCCGGAAGUUUCUUCUCUUCAAAGUAUGUCUUUUCUUACUUCACGGAGCAAUACUGUCUUUUCACUGGAAAUGUCCUUAGGUUUGAAAGGGGAAAAGGUGACAUGAAAACCUCUAAAAUUCUACUUGUUUAAACAAAUGAGAGUACGGUUUUUAUAAUUUCUUAUGAACUGUUCAUUCCUCUGAAAAAAAGAAAAAAAAACCAGACUGGACACAACUAUGGUGUGCUCGUGACUGGUAAUCGGUCUGAGGACCGAAAAAGGGAUUAACUGACAUUUCCAGCCUGGUCUUGAUUAACGAUUAUUAAAUAAUGCUAUGCAUAACAUGUUUGGUCAAGAUAACCUGUUGUCAGUUUGUUUAACUGAAAGAUGUUGAGACACCAAUGAACUGCCUUGGUAGUGUAACCCAGACAAAUAAACCUGAUUACUCAAAACAAA